AUGCCUUACAGCAGGGAUGAUGAAGACGAGCUCAACUCUGGUCAGCACCACGCCCCAAGGAGUCGAUACAAUGAAAUUAGCGCGUGGGCCGUCCUCGGCCUGGCAGUACGAUACGCCAAUCUUUUGGGUCUGGACCGGUCGGCCAUUACACCAUUUCGAGAGACCACGAAGGAUCCUUCUGAGCAUGAUGUUAGCCGACUGCGCGUGUGGUAUAAUCUGUUAACGUGUAGCUUCAACCUGAUGCUGACCUCGGGUCUUCCUGCCUCGAUCGACCCAGCACUAUCAGUUGAGGCGGCCCAGAGCUUUGGUUCGCACACUAGGAGACAAUACCCAGGAGAUCUCAGAGUAACCGGGCUUGUUGAGCUCGUAGGUAUUGUUUAUCGAGCGAUGUGCAGCAGUGGAGAUGUUUCGGCGCGUCAAUUGCAAGCGCGCAGCCUGCAAAAACUGAACUCGGAUCUGGAUGCGUGGGAAAGGUACAAGAAGCUGUUGAAAACCGAUAUCGUGUUGUUCUUUUGCUAA